AUGCUAAUAUUAAAACUUUUCUUUGUAAUUAUAUUCAUUAAUUCAACUGAUUCUGAAAAAUGUACCAUUCGGCCGUAUGAAGCCAAAGGUGAACCAUCACCAGGAAGCAAUGGAUACGUAAUUGAGAUUAACGGAACAAAUGAGAAAAAUCAAGAUUUGAGGCUCGGUUUCUUACCAGGAGAAGUUUAUAAAAUUUCCCUUCGUGGAUGGAGGACUCAAUACACUGUGAAAACAUUCAGAGGAUUUGUUGUGACGACCCGAUUUGAAGACAACACUCCAGCCGGAACUUGGCAGGUUAUCAAAGGUCAUGGCGAUGCUAGAAUUGCUCCAGGAUGCCGAUCUUCUGGCGUUAGCCAUGCCAAUCUUCGGUCGAAAACAUCUGCACACAUGAUGUGGAAAGCUCCUGAAGUUUCCAAAGGCUGUGUUAUAAUUCGCGCCUCGGUCAUCGAAACAAAGUAUGUGUGGUUCACGGAAGCAGAAGGACUUACAAUGAGGAUUUGCGCAAAACGUGGUGCUCAAAAGAUGAAACCAUCGGAUGAUCCGAAAGCCCAUUGUUGUGCUUGUGACAUUGCUGAAUACGAUCUAGAAUUCACCGGAAUCUGGAGCAAAGAAACACAUCCCAAAGAUUAUCCAACAUUGGAGCAUUUGACUCAUUUCACGGAUAUGCUGGGACUUGCUCAUUCUUCCAAUUAUACAUUGUGGAAGAUUGGAGAGAUUUCGACUGAUGGAAUGAAGGAAAUUGCGGAAUGGGGAAACACGUACAAAGGAGAGGAAGAAGCCAAAGCAAAAGCUGCCGAAAUCCGAAGUUUGAUGAAAAUCAAAGGAUUGUGGUUCCCUGAAGUUCAAGGAGUCACCAGAUCGAAAUUCGUUGUCAACAAGUACCAUCAUUUUGUUUCCCUCGCCACCAUGUUCGGACCUUCUCCUGAUUGGUGUGUUGGUCUCUCAUUCAUUAAUUUGUGUCUACCUGAUUGUACGUGGAUUGAUGAGCGAACUUUUGAACUUCAGCCAUUCGAUGCUGGAACCGAUUCGGGUCCAACUUAUAUGUCACCAAAUCAACCAACAGAACCAAGAGAACCUGUUCAUUGGAUUACCACCAAGCUCAAUCCAUUGAGUCCAUUCUACAGCGAAACCAGUGACACGAUCCCAACUCUAGCAAAAGUUGUCUUAAAAAGGAGAAAUGUAACAACAGCCAAUUGUCGUAGUGAUGAGGAAUAUCGUGCCGAAGCGCAUAACAUAACGAAUACAAGCGAAGACGAGGAAUACAAAGAUCGUCGCGAAUGCAUGAUGACGGAAUGGGAACCCUGGAGUUUAUGUUCAGCGACAUGUGGCAAAGGAAUCCGAAUUCGUAGUCGCGCCUAUGUUUUCCCAAUCAAAGCUCAAGUGUUCAAUUGUCAUCGCCAAACGAGCGAGAAACAAUUCUGUAAUGCAAAAAUCAACGAAUGUGCCGAUUCGGAAGCAUUCAGUUCCAAAUGUGCGGUCGGAUCAUGGGGACCGUGGGGCGACUGUGAUGUACAAUGUGGACAUGGAACACGAAAACGUACGAGAAGUUUCUUGAAUCCGGCCACAAAACCUGAGGAUUGUAAUAAUGUGGAGCUUGUGCGGAAAGAUAUCUGUGUCGGUGAGAACGGAGAAGAUUGUAACGUAACCCCAGAUCCUCUCUGCAAGACUACGUCUUGGUCUGACUGGUCGCCGUGUUCUGCAUCCUGUGACGAAGGUGUCAAAGUUAGAACAAGACUUUUCUAUUAUGCAGAACACGAGAAGAGAUGUCUUCAUGUGAACUUGCAAGAGAAGGACUCAUGCAUGCUUCAGUCCUGCCGCAGAUUCAUUGAAAUUAACUCUGAAGAAAUUUGCAAAGAGGAGAAAGCUGCCGGACAAUGCGGCGGAAGUUUCCCGAGAUAUUGGUACAACGAAAUAAGGAAUCAGUGCGAGCGGUUCAUUUACACCGGGUGCAAGGGCAAUCGCAAUCAAUUCGAAACUGAAGAGGAAUGCAAGCAGAUUUGUGUUCCCGGUUACGAAAAAAACAAAGCACUGGUUCCAAAUCAUCAAUUAUUCGAAGAAUUCGGUGAUUCGCAAGUGAGCGACGGCGGAAAGAAAUCAGACUGCGAGCUGAGCAAAUGGUCCGCUUGGGGAUCAUGCUCGGUGAGCUGUGGGCGUGGAAAGAAGAUGAGAACACGCGAGAUCAUCAAAUUGCCUAGAAACGGAGGUCUCGCAUGCAGCGGACACAUGAUUCAAGAACUCCAAUGCCGACUUCGACCAUGUCCGAUUCGACUUAAAUGCCAAGUUGGUCCCUGGUCACGUUGGACUCCAUGCUCUUCCUCUUGCGGAGAAGGAUACCAAACAAGAAGGCGAAGGGUCAUUCGCGCCAGAAACGAGGAUUGGGAAGAGAUUGAAUGUGCCGAAGCUGAAACAGAAACCCGCGAAUGUCGAGGACGCCAUAGUUGUUAA